AACCGUCCACAUCAUCACGGCCUUGGCGUUCUCAUGGGUUGACUCUCUCUGACUGCCCACCCCAUUCUCUUGUGCCGCAAUUGUUGGUUUGUCUGUUUUCCCUUUUUGGGCUACUUUCGUUUACUUUGUCUUUCAUGAAUGUUAGUUUUUGAGUCAAACUCUCCAACGCCCGCCUCCACAUCGGCACCUGCAUCUGCAUCUGCAUCCGCCAUUCCCACGUUUCUCCCCGCAGUAGAACGCCCAGGGACCCAGCCAACGCGCGUCGUCAUCGCGAUCCCAGCGACAACUCCAGCCAUCGCCGCCGGCGCCCGCUCGGGACCGGCCGCACCAUGGGCGAAAAUGGCACCGAGGUGCGCUCACAGGCCCGCGAUGUCGAGGGCCAAGAGAGCACAAGCACCAGCGCCAGCGCCAGCUCCACCAACGUCGUAGUACCCGAGCAUCCGGAUGCCCCCAUCGUCGAAGCCGCCCUCGUGAACCAGAACGACGAUAGCAGGCCGCCGACGCCGCGCUUCAUCCAGGACGAGCGGUCAUGGAAGAGGUGGAAAUGGGUGCCGUACCCUGUGCGCCGCCUCACAAUCGCCGUCUACAAAUGGGCCCAGGGACCGCCCAGCCCGAACAACUUCAAGAUCCAACCUCUCCUCCCUAGCGUGCAGCGCGCCCCCGUCCGGCUGCUCGACAAGUUCCUGCCCCGGAAAUCGCACAGGGCAUGGCUCGUGUUUUUCUACCUGUCUAUCUGGAUCGUCACCUUCGCGCUGGUGAUGCGCCAGGGCCAAUCUGCGACGGAAAUCGACGGGUGGGGCACGCCCAGCGCGAUAGGAUGCGGCAACACGUACUGGGCCGCCGACAACGGCUGCGGCCUGGACGGCAACGACUGCCGCCCCUUUGACGGCGGCGGCUUUGCCUUCAAGUGCCCCGCGAGCUGCGAGAGCUACCAGGUGCUCAACCCGCACGCCGUCGGCGCCACCGAGGUCGUCUACCAGCCGCUCGUCAUCGGCGGGCCGGGGAGCAACGGCAGCGCGGUAUACCGGGGGGAUUCGUUCAUCUGCGGAGCCGCGAUACACGCCGGCGUCAUCUCGAACACGGUCGGCGGGUGCGGGGUCGUCAAGCUGAUCGGGCUGCAGAGGGACUUUAACAGCUCGACGCAGAACGGCAUAUCGAGCGUGGGCUUCGACUCGUACUUCCCCCUCUCGUUCACUUUCGAGACGGGGACCCAGUGUGUCUCGCGGGACACGAGGUGGCCGCUGCUCGCUGUCUCGGUGGUCUUCUCCACCGUCCUGGCGCUCUUCGUCACGUCCCCGGCCCUGUUCUUCUUUCCCGUCUUUACGGGCAUCUACUGGACGGUUGGCCUCGCCACAGACCCGCCGGGCUACUCAAGCAUCGCGGGCCUGUUCUCCAACGAGCUCGGGAACUUCUUGCCCGCCGUGUUCACCGCCUGGGUCAUGUACGACAAGAUGGGCGUGAGGCGGACGCUCAAGGGCCUGACAGCCCAGGUCGAAAAGUCGGUGCUGUGGCUCGGCGGCUGCUGGGUCGGCGCGCUGACCAACUACACGUUCGAUUUCAUCCCCAUCCAGCGACUCACGCCGCACGAUCUGGACCAGCAGCCCGGGGCUAGGGCGGCCCUCGCCAUCAUCAUCAUCGUCUUGGCCGUCGUGGCCGUCUCGCAGAUCUGGUUCUUCCGCCAGGAGGGCCGGCUAGUCAAGUACCUGAAGCUCUACGCGCUCCUAGUGGCGGCCAUCGUCAUCUCGGUGGUGCUCCCGGGCCUCUCGCUGCGCAUCCACCACUACAUCCUCGCGCUGCUCCUCCUGCCGGGCACGAGCAUGCAGACGCGCCCGUCGCUGCUGUACCAGGGCAUCCUGGUCGGGCUGUUCCUCAACGGCAUCGCGCGCUGGGGGUGGGACUCGUUCUUGCAGACGGCGGCCGCGCUGCAAGGGGACGCGCAGCUGGGGUCGCCGCUCCCGUCGAUCCCGGCGCCCAACAUCACGCUUGGCAGCGCGCUGUCGAGCAUCACCUUCACGUGGGGCCUGUCGCCGGGCCCCGAGCUCGACGGGCUCAGCGUGCUAGUCAACGACGUCGAGCGCUUCCGCACGUAUUUUGCCGAUGAGUUCGACAGCUCGCCAAACUUCACCUGGACCCGCCGCGCCGGGCUCGAGGAGAACGAGUACUUUCGCUUUGCGUGGAUGCAGGGCAGCGGCAGCGAGGACUACACGAAAGCUGGCACAUGGAACGCAAAGGGCGAGUGGGUCGCCAUGCAGCCCGGGCCAUCGCGCGUGAGGGCGAGGAGCGCGGAGGGCGGCAGGGGCGAGGGUAUCCUCUUGAAGGCAAGGUGAGAGGAUAUACAUACAGUACAGUAAAAUUACCAAGAUGGAAGGUCGGGUCGCGUGUCACGAUGCAUGUAUUUUUUUUU